CAAAUUAUUAAAAACUAUCGAUGAGCUUGAAGUUAAUCUAAAUGUGCCUGAGCCUGAGUUAAAAGAAAAUCAAGUUUUGGUCGAGAUUAAAGUAUCCGCUUUUAAUUAUUUUGAUAUUUUACAG